AUGCAAGGGUCCAACCAGUCCUCUGUGACUGAAUUCAUCCUUCUGGGCUUCUCCUUCAGCCCUGGGACCACUCCUCUGUUCUUCUCAGCCUUCCUGAUAACCUACCUGUUGAUAAUUCUGGGCAACAGCUUAAUCACCAGUCUCAUCUUCCUGGACUCGCACCUCCACAUACCCAUGUACUUCUUUAUUGGCGUACUUUCCAUGUUGGAUCUGGGCUAUACCACUACAACUAUGCCCCAGAUGUUGGCACAUAUGGCCAGCCAAAAGACGACCAUUUCUUUUGCCAGCUGUGUAGCUCAAAUGUACAUUUUCUUGGUGCUUGGCAUCACUGAGUCCUGGCUGUUUGCCAUCAUGUCUAUAGACAGGUAUGUGGCCAUCUGCCACCCACUCAGGUACAAGGUCAUCAUGAGCCCAUGGCUGUGUUGGGUACUGGUCAUAUUCUGUGGACUCUGGGGUAUCAUCUCUGCUCUCGUUUACACUGUCUUUGCCAUGCGCCUGCCCUACUGUGGCCCCAACAAGAUCAACCACUUCUUCUGUGAGGUCCCUGCAGUCUUGAAGCUGGCUUGUGCGGACACCUCACUCAAUGACCAGGUAGACUUCAUUCUUGGCUUUAGUGUCAUCCUGGUUCCGCUCUCCCUGAUCCUUGUCGUUUAUAUCAACAUCUUCAUUGCCGUCGGGAGGAUUCGUUCCGCCCACGGGCGGCGGAAGGCCUUCUCCACCUGUGCCUCCCACAUCACCGUGGUGACCAUGUUCUGUGUGCCAGCCAUGGUCAUGUACAUGAAGCCUGGCUCAGAGGCCUCCCCGGAAGAGGACAAGAUGUUAGCCCUGUUCUACAAUGUCAUCUCUGCCUUCCUCAACCCCAUCAUCUACAGCCUCCGGAACAAGGACGUGAAGAAGGCUUUUCUCAAGGUGAUGGGCUGGGGCAGGGCUCCAGGAUGA